AUGGACAAUGAAAUGAAACAAUCGACGAAAAUUGGAGUGAAGAAAGAAUGCAGCUCUAAUGACCCAAUGGAAUCGAAUGGCCGGAUGGCGCCUGUGACUCCGGGCAACAUUCAGUCGGCUGAUUCAUUCGAGAUCAAACGGGAAAGCGACAUCAAACAAGAGCCAGUGUCUGUUGGCGAAUUGGUUGACGUUUCGGUAUCGACUCAUCGCAGUGCAGUACGUGUUCCUGGUUUCGAUGAACGUGAAGCUGAAUACUAUUUUGAUGACUUGAGCUGGGAUGAGGCUAAGGCUGAGGUGAAGAACGUAUGUGACAAAAAGAAAGAAGAGAAGGCGAAGACAAGUGCUGACAACGGGAAGCAAGCGAUGGGUGACCAACAAGAUCAACAGCCGCCUUCACAGAAUAUGAAAGAUUUGCGCCCGCCAGAAAAUGGCAAUGAGGCACACAACACACAGCAACGAGGCGGUAAUGCUAAUGGAAGAACAUCAAAGCCACACAAAUCUCACGUCCAAGAGUUUCUGUUCCAUUGCUGGGGCUGUUUGCAAGGGUUCGAUGGAAAGGAAGAGAAGACAGAACACGAAGCCAAUUGCAAAGUUGUCCGCUAUGAAUGUUAUUUGUGCAAGAAAUCGAUUGGUUCACACAAGACAAGGAUGGUGAUUCACAUGCGCGUACACAGUGGUGACAAGCCAUUCGAAUGUAAAGAAUGCUUCAAGCAAUUUACACUCAACAACUCAUUAAACAAACACAUGAAGCUUCAUGCUGGUCCACGGCGAGCUACUGAAGCGGCAUUGAACCCAAGCCAUCGUUCCAAUGCAGCAUUCGAAUCGAAUGAAUCAGAAUUAGCAGUGGUCGAAGCUGACAAUCAGUUGGAUCAUCCAGUUGAGGUUAAAGAGGAGCCUCGCAUCAAGGAAGAGCCGCAAUCAGUCGGUGAAUUGGUCGAUGUUACUGUUCCCGUUCCGACAAGGAAUAACCGUGUUGUUGUACCUUCAUUUGGUGUCGACCAACCGAACGGCAAAUACGACUUUGACAGUCUUGGUUGGGAUGAUGCCAAAAUUGAAGUGAAAGGAGAAACCGAAGUAAAGAAGGAAAAGGAAUCGAAGACGAACGAUGAAUUAGGCGGUGAUGCGAUGGCAAAUCAACGUGAUCAUCAGCGGCCAUCACGACCAGAUGAAAACGUUUCCACGCAGCCAGGAAGUGGCCACGGUGCCAAGAACAAGAAAUCGUGUCAUUUGAAUCAGCACUUGUUGAAACACACUGGUGAGAAGCCACACGGAUGCACCCUUUGCCCGAAACGUUUCAAAGAAAAACGAAGUCUCCUUGGUCACAUGAAAAUACACGUCAAAGAGUUUCUGUUCCAUUGCUCAGGCUGCUUGCAAGGAUUCGAUGGAAAGGAGGAGAAGACGGAACACGAAUCGAACUGCAAAAUUCGUCGCUACGAAUGUCAUUUGUGCAAGGAAUCAUUUGGAUCGAAGAAAGUACACCUGGUGAUGCACAUGCGGGUACACAGUGGUGACAAACCGUUCGAAUGUGAAGAAUGUUUCAAGCAAUUUACACAAAAGAGCUCAUUAAACGCACACAUGGAGCUUCAUGCCGGUCCACGUCUAUUCCGCUGUUCAAAAUGUCACGAAAGAUUCUCAGAUCAAGACGAAAGAGAUUCACAUGAGGAGAAGUGUAAUCGUCGUGUUUACGAAUGCUAUGUUUGUCGCAAAUCAAUUGGUUUGAUGAAAUCCCAUUUGAUUCGUCAUAUGCGCACUCACUCUGGUGAAACUCCGUUCCAGUGCGUAAAAUGCUCAAAAUCAUUUUCUCAAAGAGAUCAUCUCAAGAGGCACAUGUUCACACAUACAACAAAGCUUCCAUUCAAGUGUUUGAUUUGUCACCGCGGUUUUCUUAAGAACGACAAACGGAAGGCACACCAACGAAACUGCAAUGGACGCAAUUACGAGUGUUAUUUGUGCAAGAAGUUCACCGGUUCAUCCAAGGCUUACAGAUUGAAAGGUCAUAU